GUGAAACCAAAAAUCAUUUAAGAGUCAGCUUCCAGGGGUGGAUAUUCACUGUGUGUUCUUCAACACGUGUAAGGACACUUGUCCUAGAGUAGAGCAUCACUGCAGGACAUUUUUUCAUUGACUCAACAUGGAUGCCGUUCUAGAUACUGCCAUAUUUUUUGGAAAAUUUUUUUAUCAUUUUUUGGAAUCCAUAACUUACAAAAUAAUUCCCAAGAGAAAAAAGGAUGUUUCUGGAGAGAUUGUACUUAUAACAGGAGCUGGAAGUGGGAUUGGGAGACAGUUGGCCAUAAACUUUGCCCGCCGUGGAGUCACUUUAGUUCUGUGGGAUAUUAAUCAAGAAAACAAUAUGGAAACUUACAGACUAGCCAAAGAAAAGGGGUGUGUGGAAGUAUUUGCCUAUAAAUGUGACUGCAGCAACAAGACAGAUAUCUACAGAGUUGCAGAUCAGGUUAAGGGGGAAGUUGGUAAUGUGACAAUCCUAAUUAACAAUGCCGGAGUCGUGACAGGAAAAUACUUCCUCCAGAUUCCAGAUCACAUGGUGGAGAGGUCAUUCCUUGUCAACGUCUUGUCUCAUUUCUGGACUUGUAAGGCAUUCCUUCCUGCUAUGAUUGAAGCUAACCAUGGUCACUUGGUCUGUAUUUCUAGUGCAGCAGGAAUGUCUGGUAUUUGUGGACUAACAGAUUAUUGUUCAAGUAAAUUUGCAGCAUUAGGUUUUGCAGAGUCUCUCUAUUAUGAAUUAAUAUUGGAAAAGAAACUUAAUAUUAAAACCACCAUUGUUUGCCCAUAUUUCAUCAAAACCGGAAUGUUUAGUGGCUGUAUAACCAAAUAUCCAUUUUUGUUGCCCAUGAUGGAGCAAUCAUAUGUGGUCGAAGAAAUUGUAAAUGCUAUUUUAAAGGAAGAACUUUACUUAGUAUUACCCAAAUUUCUGUCCUUCACACUGUUAGUUAAACAGUUUUUGUCUCCAAAAAUGACACUUGAUCUAGCUGAAUACCUUGGAAUGGACACUAGCAUGAAAGAUUUCUGUAGCAGAGAAGCAAAUGAAGUUGAAAUUGAAGAUGAAAAGAAACUACUAUAACCCAAUUGUUAAAUAAAAUAAUGAAAAUAAGUGUUAUAAAGA